CGCAUUCAUCUGUCUUUCUAUACGUGACGGUCAGCAUGUCUCACCGUAAAUUUUCUGCGCCUCGUCAUGGCUCUAAAGGCUUUUUGCCUAAGAAAAGAAGUAGACGCCAUCGUGGAAGAAUCCAUGCUUUUCCUAAGGAUGAUCCCAAGAAACCAGUCCAUAUGACUGCCUUUAUUGGUUACAAAGCUGGUAUGACCCAUAUUGUUCGAGAUGUUGAUAGACCUGGAUCAAAAUUGAACAAGAAGGAAGUUGUAGAAGGUGUUUCCAUUAUUGAAACCCCACCCAUGAUGGUAGUUGGUGUCACUGGAUACAUUGAAACACCUGAAGGUUUGAAAACCUUCAAAACUCUCUGGGCUGAACAUCUUAGUGAGGAAUGCCGACGAAGAUUCUAUAAGAAUUGGUCCCGAUCCAAAAAGAAGGCUUUUACCAAGAAUGCUAAGAAAUGGAAAGAUGAAGCUGGCAAAAAAUUGAUUGAAAGUGACUUCAACAAGAUGAAGAAAUACUGUAAAGUCAUCAGAGUGAUUGCUCAUACCCAAACCAAGCUGUUGCGUCAUCUUCAAAAGAAGGCCCAUAUUGUUGAAGUACAACUGAAUGGUGGUUCUAUUGCUGAUAAAGUAGAUUGGGCUAGACAACAAUUGGAGAAACCAGUUCCAGUUAACCAAGUCUUUGAACAAGAUGAAGUUCUGGAUAUUAUUGGUGUCACCAAGGGAAAAGGAUUUAAAGGUGUAACUGCUAGAUGGCACACCAAGAAAUUGCCUCGUAAAACUCACAAGGGUUUGAGAAAGGUUGCCUGUAUUGGAGCAUGGCAUCCUAGCAGAGUUCAGUUCAGUGUAGCUAGAGCUGGUCAGAAGGGUUACCAUCAUCGUACUGAACUUAACAAAAAGAUUUACAGAAUUGGUUUGGGUAUCCACACUAAAGAUGGUAAAGUAGUGAAGAACAAUGCCUCAACUGAUUUUGAUCCAGUCACCAAAGCCAUUACCCCUAUGGGAGGUUUCCAUCAUUAUGGUGAAGUGAACAAUGAUUUCCUGAUGAUUAAGGGAGCUGUUGUUGGAACUAGAAAACGAGUUAUCACUCUAAGAAAGUCACUUUUGACAACAUUCAGAAGGAAACAUACAGAGAAGGUUGUUCUAAAGAUGAUUGAUACCACUAGUAAAUUGGGUCAUGGUCGCUUCCAGACACAUGAAGAAAAGAAGGCUUUCAUGGGUCCACUCAAAAAAGAUAUGUUGGCUAAAGAAGCAACUGCCUAAUUUCCAGAACAGACUUUCUUUGGGAAAUAAAAUCUAAGAAACUA